AUGGCACUAAAGAUUUUAGAAAGAACGACGCGUCACAAUGGAGAUCGAUAUGAAGUUUGUUUAAUGCUUCGGAAUCCUUCCAUCAACCUUCCGAAUAACAGAGAAGUAGCCCUUCGUCAGUACCGUGCUUUGAUUAAACGUUUUACUCGUGAUGCAGCAUUUGCCGAAAGGUAUUCGCAGGUGCUCAAUGAAUAUAUCGCUCUCGAUCACGCCAAACAAGUAGACAAUGAAAGCGCCUCCGUCAAUGGCUCCAUUUGGUAUCUGCCUCAUCAUGGUGUCACAACUCCAAACAAACCUGGAAAGGUGCGGGUCGUCUUCAAUCCUUCGGCUCCACACAAAGGGACGUCGCUUAACGAACAACUCUACAAAGGCCCCGAUUUAUUGACCUGCCUCAAUGGAGUACUUCUGCGUUUUCGUCAAUAUCCAUAUCCAAUUUCUGGCGAUAUUGAGAAGAUGUAUCACCAAGUCCUCGUCCCACAACAUCAGCAAUCUCUUCUCCGAUUUUUGUGGAACGAAUCCGGUGAUGCCAGUGAACCUAAAGAAUACCAGAUGAAAGUCCACGUCUUCGGUGCUGUGUCAUCACCAACAAGCUGUAUCUAUGCACUUAGAAAAACAGUGGAAGAUUUCGGCAACCAGUUUCCUCACGUAGCCGAUGCCGUUCUAAAUAAUAUUUAUGUUGACAAUUAUUUAGAUUCGACAGAAACCGAGCAAGAGGCGAUCAGUAAAAUUCGGGACGUUUCGGCCUUGUUAAAGCUCGGCGGUUUCAACAUGGUCCAAUGGCUGUCAUCUUCCAGAUCAAUCCUAGCAAGCGUCGACCAAUCAGAUCUAUCGCGCUCACUCGACCUGGACGCGGACAAACUCCCAAUUGAGCGAACUCUUGGUUUGCUGUGGGAUUGUCAACAGGACUCAUUCACCUUUAAGUCCCGCGUCAAAACUCAAGCCAAAACUAAACGUCAGGUGUUGCAAGAAGUUGCGUCUGUUUUCGACCCCCUUGGCUUUCUUGCUCCUGUCGUGAUGACGGCUAAAAUACUACUCCAGGACAUCUGGCGAUCCGGUGCUGACUGGGACGAUCCUUUGCCUCCCACACUCACAGCCAUUUGGACUUCUUGGGCGAACGAGCUCCAAUCCAUCGUUCAAAUCAAGAUUCCUCGCUGUUUUCGAUCCAUGGAGAAACCCAUCAUGUACGAAAUCCAUGUGUGUUCAGACGCAUCGGAACUUGGCUUCGGUGCAUGUGUUUAUCUACGCGCCGAAUACCCAUCCGGAAAAUUCCGUCUCAAUCUUGUUCUUGCUAAAGCUAGAGUCGUGCCACUUCGUCAACUCUCCAUUCCCCGUUUGGAGUUGCAAGGUGCCGUGCUCGGCGUCCGGCUGUGUGAGUCUGCUCUUAAAGCUGGGUCCCAUUGCUUCGAAUACCUUUUUCUGGUGAUCACCGAAAUACUCGACAGCAGCGCCCCUUCACAGUGGCGGCAUAUACCAGGCGAACUCAAUCCAGCGGAUGACUGCUCUCGUGGUAUUCCAGCAACCCAUUUAACAGCUCAACACCGAUGGUUUAGAGGUCCCGAUUUCCUGUCUCUUUCGCAAAACUCAUGGCCUACAACUGGUGUAAUCAAAGAGCCAUCACCAGAAGACCCAGAGGUUUCACCAUCCAAAUGUGUUGGACACAUCCAGGUUAAACAAGAUCAUCCUCUGUUCAAACUCAUACAAAAUUCUUCUAAUCUACACAAAGUGAAGCGCUCGGUAGCCUGGUUGCUUCGUUUUGUAAAUAAUCGUCACAUUGAUCCACAAAAUCGUCUCCUAUCUCCAUUCUUAAAAGCUCCUGAACUCCGCGAAGCCCUUCGUUUUAUUAUCCGUGUCGACCAAAGACAUUUUUUCGAUGAAGAGAUGAGAUCCUUGACGAAAAAGCUACCAGUGUCAACCGCUUCCCCGCUGGCAACACUGACACCUUUCUUGGAUCCGUACGGAAUCAUCCGCGUUGGCGGAAGGCUCCAACAUUCUUCUCUUCCUCAAGACACGAAGCAUCCAAUUGUGUUGUCACACGAGAGCCAAUUGUCAACUAUGGUAAUCACUGACAUACACAAACUUAAUCUUCACUCUUCUUCAGAUUCAACCCUCCAUGCUCUCCGUGCUCAAUACCAUGUCCUCCAUCCGAGAACAUCGAUCAAUCGAGUCAUCCGGAAUUGUUUCACAUGCAAGCAACGUAAGAGUCAACCAGAGACGCCUCUGAUGGGUCCACUUCCCGCCAGUCGAAUCAAAACUCAUCUUCCGCCUUUUACCAACGUCGGAAUCGACUUCUUCGGUCCACUCUACGUUGUGCUGCUGAGAAGAUCUUUCAAACGCUAUGGUGUAAUGUUCACCUGUCUCGACUGUCGUGCUGUCCAUUUGGAGUUGGCUGAUUCGCUUGACAUGGACUCAUUUAUCAACGCCUUCUCUCGAUUCGUCGAUCGUCGCGGGCUUCCUCAACUUUGCUACAGCGACAAUGGGACAAAUCUGGUAUCCGGCGAGCAAGAAAUCAACCGUGCCCUCUCGCGAUGGAACAAGGAACAACUGGUCAAGAAGAUUGAACAACUAAAAAAUCAUCCCGUGGAAUGGAGAUUCAGCCCCCCUGUCGCACCUCACUUUGGCGGCUCAUGGGAGCGUUUAAUAAAAUCAGCAAAAUCUGCCCUUCGAGGCAUUCUAAAUGAAAGAUCGGUGACCGAAGACGUCCUUUUGACCGCACUUGUAGGAGCUGAGGCUCUUUUGAAUUCUCGGCCGCUAACUCACGUCAGCGUUGAUCCAGAUGACCUCGAAGCUUUGACUCCGAAUCACUUCCUUCUUCUCCGAGCUCAUCCCGGCUGUCAUCUGGACUCCUCUUCCGAUUCCAAGCCAUCCAGCCGUAAACGCUAUCAACAAGCCCAAGAAAUGAUCACUCACUUCUGGAAUCGUUGGCUUCGUGAGUAUAUCCCUAAUCUAAUCGAACGUCGCAAAUGGCUUCGUCACAGACGCAACAUCGCCGUCAACGAUUUAGUGAUUGUUGUUACACCAAAUUCUCCAAGAGGAACCUGGCCUAUUGUUCGAGUCACCGCCGUAACCACCGGGCCAGAUGGUGUCGUCCGCUCCGCAGACGUCAAAGUUGUCCGCUCGUCUCCCAGCCGCAAGAAACUUCCGGAUGGAUCGCCCGAUCCAAAAAUCACCACUCAUUACUACUCCCGGUCGGUUCACAAGCUUUGUCUCUUAGAAGAACAUCAACCAGAUGUUUCCGAAGUCGGAAACAGGGCCGGCAAUGAGCGAGACAGCUAA